AUGCCUCCACCGACUCGGAAGCCGCCCAUGGUCCUACUCUUUGACAUUGGUGGUGUCUGCGUCGUAUCUCCCUUCCAAGCAAUCCUCGAUUACGAGCGAUCCAAAGGCAUCCCGGAAGGCUACAUCAACUGGACCAUCUCGCAAUCCGGACCGCAGGGCAGCUGGGCGCGCCUCGAACGCGGCGAGCUCGUCUGCGACCAAGUCUUCUACAAAGCCUGGCACGCAGAUCUCACCAACGAAAAGCGUUGGCGCGAGUACCACGCCCGCCACCUCGCCAAACAACACAAUCUCAAGUCCAGCCAGGGCGCCGAGGAGGCCGCGUACCAGGCUCCUCCUCUUCCGGAGAUCGAUGCGGAGGCGCUGCACAAUGAGAUGAUGAGCAUUGCUCGACAGCUCGAUCCGCACAUGGGGCCCGCGCUCAAGAAGCUGCGGCAGCAUGCGGAUCGGAGUAAUGGGCGGCUCAUUCUUGGAGCGCUGUCUAACACUUCGAUCUUCCCGCUGGGGCAUAAGCUGUAUGACGGAGCGACGAAGGAUGGCAAGGCGAGUAGUGCGCUGGCGGGCAUAUUCGACGUGUUCAUCUCUAGUGCGCAUAUUGGUAUGCGGAAACCUCACGAGGAAGCGUAUCAGUACGCCAUCACGAGAUUGCACGAGUUUGUGAAGACGAAAGACUACCGGGAUGGCGUGCGAGCCGAAGACAUCACCUUCUUGGACGACAUUGGACAGAAUUUGCGGACGGCAAGGAAGUUGGGGAUGAACACGAUCAAGGUGAAUUUAGGGCGUGCGGAUCUGGCUGUGAAGGAACUCGAAAAGAUCACGGGCUUCGAUCUUUCAAGUGAUAUGGCAAGGCUCUAA